AUGACGGCGCCACGACGUACCGACGACAGUGUCGAAUUACUGCCACUAAAAUCCAUGCUAGUGAAUAACAACUACAGGGAUGAUGAAAUUUAUUAUCCUCCCGCGCCUACUUUCAACCACAACCCGUCAAGCUCUAACCUCUACGACUAUACUUUGCUGUCGAAACGGACACCGGCCUCUAAAAGGUUGCUGCGGACGCAGCCCACGCCUACGCCGCUGCUGACACUAUGCGGGGCUCCGCCCCCAUCCCGCAAGCGCGAGGAGCUCACGGCGCUCGCCAACCUCAAGAAGAAGGUUGCUCCUGCACUCCUGCGCCAUGACAGGAGGACUUCAUGGAACAACAACAACAAUUCCAACAAAGAGGACAACGAGCCCGAGCAGCUUGACAACAGACCCAAGCUUUUACAAAGGGUGCUACAGUCGAAGCCAGUGAGCAUGGUGGUGCAGUGGAGCGAGGUGCGGACCGCGUGGCAGGACAGUGACUUCAUCACGGAGUGUUUAUGUUGGCACAAUGUCUACCGGCAGAGGCACGGCGCACCCCAGCUGUAUAUGGCACCGGAGCUUUGCGACUACGCCCAAGCGUGGGCCAACCACCUGGCGCACACAAACAAGUUCCACUACAGGAACGACCGCGACGUGGGGCAGAAUCUGUACCAGCGUCCCGUCAGCGAUAUUCAGCCAGAUGUCACGGGCCAAGAGGUGUCGUCGUACUGGUACGCAGCCGUACGUCAGUACAGCUUCUUCAAGGAGUCAGACGUUCUACACGCUAACGUUAACGCAGGUCACUUCACACAAAUGGUCUGGGUCGCAACCCGUUUCUUCGGCGUAGGCAAGGCUCGCUCCCGCGCGGGCAAAGUGAUCGUGGUAGCCAACUACUCCCCGCCCGGGAACAUGUCCGGGCAGUUCGAGACAAACGUGCUUCCACCCCUCCCGGACAACUUCCCGGACAUACCGCAGCCAGGACAGUGACGACAGUUUUCAAUACGUGGCAGACGGCUUAAGAUCGACGCCACGUAUAGAAAAUAAAGACUGCAAGGUGCAUAUAGCGAAGUUCAUAAAAACUACGCAGUUAAAAUGUUUGGUUGUAAAGUUAUAUCUUUUUAAAACCGGUAGGUACUACCGUUACAACGUUGUUAAAUUAUAGAGUAUUUUGAAGAAUAACGGUAGCUAACGUUUGUAUUUAAGACGAUGGUCUAGCUGCGAUAAAUUUGUUGAAAAAGUUAUUUGAUAAAACGAUUGCCGUCUUUCCGAGCCUGAACUCAUGUCUUCCCCCGUAGGGUGCGAUAGAAGUAGCUCAGACUGAUUUUACCUGUAAAAAAAAUUACGAGG